CUCUCUUAUCCACACCACCUCCAUAGCUUCCGAUCAUCUCAACUGUCACCAAAUCUCACUUGAUUCAUCCAAUUUCGUUAAGGUAGGAGAGAUUUAAUCGCUGAUUAUCAUCUGAAUUGUGUUUUAAACUGUUUCAAUACGGUUAAUCUCAUGAAUCAUGACUCAUGACUGAGAGAUUUUAGAUCUAUCGUUUCCCGACGAUGUACGGUGGUGGAGAACUUAAUUCCGAUAUCGACUAUGGCGAUGUCUUCGGCGGUCCACCGAAACGAUCAUCGAUGAAUGUGAUCCGUCAUAGCUUUGCAGAAACUGUAGCAUCGAAUGCUUCAACUGAGGAUGAUGAGGAGAAAACGGAAGAGAAGCCGGUGUUUGGCCACGAAGCUUCGAAUCGGCAGAAGAGACAUAAUACAAGCGAUGAUUUCUAUGAUGAUAUUUUCCGAGGAGAUGGAAUUUACAGCAGUAGCUCGCCUUGGAGCCUUCCUGCUAAGUUAACCAAAUUAGAGUCUACCGGAAGCAGUUCCUCUCCGGGAGAUUUCCAGACAUCGGACGAAAUUCGAAGUAGAGUUAGACCGGCUUACCGUCCAAGCCCCCUUUCUUAUGGCAAAGAGGAGCUUCCUGAUCCCGUAGGCAUUAGUACCGGCGAUGAAUCUAAAAGCAAAGAGAACAGCAGCAUGUUUCACUUCUCUCUUUACAAAUGGGCGGGUAAAGGAUCUCCAUUACACGUUUCUCUCAGGGGAGCGACAAAUGGUUCAAAAUUACCUUGGAAACCUAAAAGUAAAGAUAAUGACAGCAAGCAGAUAGAUAAAGAUUCUUCUUCUUCUUCAUCUACUCAUAUAGUAGCUGAUGAAGAAAAGCAAGAUUACCAAACUUCUUCCAAGACUAUAUCAGAGGAAUCUAGUUCUGAACCAAAUUUGCAAAAGAAAACUCAAAAACCGUCAAAGUCAAAGAACUCGAUGCCUCUACAAUCGUUUCUCGAUGAAUCUGACAACAUAGCAGCUGGAAGAUUUGAAGGAAAAAACAGACAAAGAGAUGGGGAAAGAACUAAAACAGAGAGUUCAGGAGGGGAGAAUGUUAUCAGGAAUACAGUGAAGGGAAAGAUAAAAGGGUUUGCUAAGAUAUUUGAUUCUUCUAAAUCCCAAAACAACAUUCAAGUUCGAAGUCAGAGUCUAAGGUGGGAUCGCACACCAAAAUCUCAACCGGAUAAUGCUGCGAGAACAGCCGAAGCAGAGAAGCCAGAUGGAAAGUUGCAGGGGGCAAAUAUGAACAAAGCCAAGAUACAACCAGAUUCUUCUAAACUGGAUAACAAAAAUGAUAAAGUUUCAAAGGAACAGAAGACUGAUGAUUCAGAGAAGAUACUACCUUUAACCACAAGCCAAAGCUCUUCUACUCAGACCGACGAAAACAAGAAACCUCCAGAAAGUGUAAAAGAAACUUCACACGAUGAUUUGGACGACAAUUUGGGAGAUUACUUUCAGGUGAAGGAAUUAUUCGUCGAUAAUGAUGAUAAAGAUCUUGAAAACACAGAAAAAUUGGACAAUGACAACAACCAAGUUUUGGACACUAAGAUUCGGCAAUGGGCACAAGGGAAAGAAGGGAACAUUCGUUCUUUACUGUCAACCUUACAAUUGGUGCUUUGGCCUAAUAGUGGUUGGAAACCGGUAGCACUUGUUGAUAUAAUAGAAGGAAAUGCUGUAAAACGUUCAUAUCAAAAAACUCUACUUUAUUUACAUCCCGAUAAACUUCAGCAAAGAGGUGCUCCUCCUGAUCAUCACUACAUUGCUCGAAAAGUUUUCGAUCUCUUACAGGAAGCAUGGGAUCAUUUUAAUACAGUAGGUCAGAUUUGAAUUGAAGAAUUCAAUGUUACAGGCUAUACAGAAAAGAUUUAUUUUUUUAGCAAAUUAUAGUUGAUUUAUUAAACUUGAGAGAAAAUAAAAUGUUUAUUCAUUUGUAUAUGUAUAGAAAGAAAUAAUUAUUGUGUGUUGUCUUCAUAUUAUUGUAUUAUAUGAUUGUUCAUUUGAGAAAAUUCAAUUCCAAUUUCAAUUUA